GAGCGAAAUUUGUAUUCAAAUAAUUGAACUAUGCGGCUAUCAAUUUUGAUUUUACUCUGCUGUAUUCUUUUUGUAGUGUUUUGCAAAGAAAAAGCUUCUAAGGUAAAAGUUGAAGAGGAGGAGGAAGAAGAGGAAGAAGGUGUUGACGAUUCUGAAGAAAUCUGCCCGUUUCCAUGGCAAACUCACGAUCAAAAUGUACUUGCACAAUACUCGAUGUGCAAUGAUGUAAUGCACGAAGGGGUGAAAUGCACUCCAAACGAUCCUAUUGAGUGCACGGGCAGGAAUCCGACCUGUGUUUUUUCAAAGCUUACAAAUGAUCAUCGAUGCUGUGCAGAUGUGCCACAAGAUUUGAGCAACCCACCAGGAAUCCCUGAGCAAGUGAAACCAAUAUGUCCAUAUGGUGCAUCAUCAUACGAUUUGCCUUCCGUCCUUUUAUGUGAUCCGACUGAAGACAACGCUUGCCCGGAGCACUUCACCUGUGAGCAAGCAGUGAACCACCAAAUGCUAACGACCUAUAAUAUGCAUUUGUGCUGUAAAACAAGCACGCUAGACUCGUUUGAAAACGUGUUUUACGAAACAAAAGUUGGAAUCAACAAAAUGUCGUCAAACUUGUCUAUGCCGAUUUUUUACGUCACACAAUUAUCACCAUCAAUUGUUCCAAAUGCACCAAAAGGGGGAAUAGACUAUGUUGUUUUGAAUGAAUAUAUCCCUACUAAGAACAAGGCAAACACUCCUGAAAUUAGAACUGGCGAUCAUUUUGCAAUGCUACCAUACAGAUUCCGUGAGCCUGUGUACUUGAAAAAAGUGUUUUUGUUCCACGAGCCAAUGCCAAACUCCUUCUUCCACGUUUUGGUUUUAUUUAAUCCUCACGGAAAUCCAGAGUCGAUGAAUUUGUACUACAACAGACCUUCCUCACUCUCCCGAGAAAUUGAUUUAUCAGUUCCAGUUUGGGAUGAAGGGGUCUUUUUCAGAAAUAUGAACAGAGUUCUUACAAUUCAAUCUGAUCAAACAUCAAGUCGCCAAAUUCGCCGGUUAUAUAUUGUACUUGUGUUCCAAACGAAAAACCGAAUAUCAAAAAGGCAUCCUCAAGUGUGGAAUGAUCUUCAUGCUAAUUACACUACAUUUACGGAAUUUUUGGGGACGGAAACUGGAAAACAACUGGGAAAUCCUAUGGCUGGAACAUACUAUUAUGUAAGAAAAUUUUAA